AUUAAGCUCAUCACUCACUGUGAUCCAAUCACAUCAAUGUUCUCUGGAAAUCAUCAAAGGCAUCAAAGCCUUUAUGUGUAAAUUAAAUUGGUUGUUCUGCAUCUGGAUCUGCUGCCGGUUUUGCUGCUCCUGCGCAGGUCUGUGAAAGGCGACGGAUCAGACCAACCAUGAGGAGAGGGUGUGUCUGAGCCUCGGCUGUGGGACUGUCUGGUGUAAACCCAAUCUGCUCCGGAGCUCAGUCUGUCCUCACAGCGGCAGCUGCAGGUCUCUCUGUGGGAACUCAAACACAUGAUGGCAGCGCCAAAGAAAGUCUGUGUGAUCGGUUCUGGUAACUGGGGCUCUGCUAUUGCCAAGAUUGUGGGAGCCAACGCGGCCAAAUAUGACACGUUUGAUACCAAAGUGAACAUGUGGGUGUUUGAGGAGAUGGUGAACGGUCGUAAGCUUUCAGAAAUCAUCAACACAGACCAUGAAAAUGUGAAGUACCUACCUGGUCACAAGCUGCCCCCCAAUGUGGUGGCCGUUCCAGACUUGGCCGAGUCGGUGAAGGGAGCCGAUGUCCUGAUUUUUGUGGUUCCUCACCAGUUCGUUGGGAAAGUGUGCGACACCAUCAAAGAUCACAUAAAAAAAGAAACCAUUGGAAUGUCUCUCAUCAAGGGGGUAGAUGCAGGUCCAGAGGGUCUAAAGCUCAUCUCCGAGGUCAUCCGUAGGAAACUCGGCAUCACCAUGACGGUCCUCAUGGGUGCAAACCUUGCCAAUGAGGUUGCUGAUGAGAAGUUCUGUGAAACAACUAUUGGGUGCAAAGACAAAGUACAUGGACCACUGCUGAAGGAGCUGAUGCAGACUACCAACUUCCGUGUGACUGUGGUGGAAGAGUCUGAUGUAGUGGAGAUCUGUGGUGCACUUAAGAACAUCGUGGCCGUGGGAGCAGGCUUCUGUGACGGCCUUGGAUUUGGCGACAACACCAAAGCUGCAGUGAUCCGUCUCGGCCUAAUGGAGAUGAUUGCCUUCGCCAAGGUCUUCUGCACAGACUGCCCCGUCUCUCCUGUCACUUUCCUGGAGAGCUGCGGCGUAGCCGACCUCAUUACAACCUGCUAUGGAGGACGCAAUCGAAAAAUUGGAGAGGCGUUUGCAAAGACAGGAAAAAGCAUCAAGCAGUUGGAGAUUGAGCUGCUGAAUGGGCAGAAGCUUCAAGGUCCAGCCACAGCCAGUGAAGUCCAUGUAAUCUUGAAACAGAAGAACAUGGUGGAAAAGUUCCCUCUCUUCACUGCUGUUCAUCAGAUCUGCUUCAAUGGCCACCCAGUCACAGAGUUCAUCAAGUGUUUGCAAAACCACCCUGAGCACAUGUGAAAGACUCAUGAGGACUCACACGUGGACUGAAGUUGGGCUGGACUUUUUACAACUAAGGUGUUAAUGGGGGAGAGGAUUAUGUGAAUUUUGGUCUGAGCCUCAGACCUUCUCUUGCAGCAGUUGCUUUUUGGUCUACCACUAGAAAAACAGAAAAGAGAAAAAUGGACUUGAUUUGCCUUUCGGCCACCUGAGCUACUGCCAGAAGAAGUUUUUCUGUUUUUACUAACUGUUAAAUUAUUGCACAGAGGAUUUAAGUCUUAAAUCUUUUGACAUGUGGUCUUAAAUUGGCUGAUACACUAACAAUAACCACUAACAAUAACUGCAGUCUUAGAAAAUGUUACACAAUGUGCCUUUUCAUCCAUAUCUAAAAUCACUCCCAUAAAGUAUCUUUGUUUCAUUAGAACAUAAUGAAUAUGCCCCAAAAUUUUGCAUCGUGUAUUUUAGAAUAAAUUAUUUUAAUCUUUA